AUGGUCACCACCCGAGUAGCAGCCUGCCACGUCGCGCCUCACUUUCUGUCCGCGUCAAAAAACACGAGCAAAGCCGUUUCCCUCAUCUAUCAAGAGGCGCGAAAUACCGCCCACGUGGUUGUCUUCACGGAAUCCUACGUUGCUCCCUUUCGUGCCCACCAUCUGUUCUCCCGCAUGGUGGCGCAUUCCAUUACCCUCGAUGCUCGACCAGCACUACUUUGUCGGUACAGUUCGAACCUCAUCAUCGAUACAACCGGCUCCAUUGCUGUUCACCACCGCAAGCUGAUGCCUACUUCCUUUGAGAAGUCGGUUGGAGCCCCGCGGGAGCAGAUUCAUAUCUCGUCGUGGCCAUGCAUCUGGCCUACCCGAAUGCUGGAUAAUCCUUUCCAGGCGGCGGGCGGGAGCGGGGACGCUUCUGCUGCUUCCGCUCAUUCCUCGGUCGGGGCAGCCCCCGCUGGGUCGAAGUACAACAAUGUCCUGGCUAACCGCCUGUGCGCCGCUGCCCAUUACUUCGAGGCCAAGUGCUUCGGUGUUAUGUGUAGUGGAUUCCUCGAUGAGUCGACCAUCAAGACCAUUGUCGUCGGACCUUCGAGCUCUCACCGCACGGUGUCACCAUGUUCCUCGAUCCCACGGGAGUCCCGGUUCAAGGGGUUUACGUUGACGGAGUCGACGCGGGAGCAGCAGACACGGGAAUUUGUGCUCAUGGAGGGGGUAGUUCUUAUCACGAUGGGGUGGACGGCUAUCAACGAUUAG